AUGCGUCCUUUCUUUUCUUACUUGAUACCCCUUUCAAUUCUAUUUUGGAAUCUUGCUAUUGUUUCUGCUUCCGACUAUUACGAACAACUAACUCUUAAGCCGCUGCCGCAAUCCACCCUUCUCUCUAGUUUCAACUUCAGAUCCAAUACCACCUUGUCGCAGUUCGAAGCGCACAACUUUCGGUACUUCCCUCGCUCUUUAGGCCAAAUACUACAACAUGUCGGAACAAGAGAACUGCAUCUAAGAUUUAGCUUGGGAAGAUGGGACGCGGAGAGCUGGGGAGCGAGGCCAUGGGAUGGUACUAAGGAAGGUGGGACAGGUGUUGAGCUAUGGGCUUGGAUAGAAGCAGAAACUGACGAAGAGGCGAGCCAGAAAUGGCUGUCUCUCACGAACGCAUUGUCCGGCCUCUUCUGCGCCUCUCUAAACUUCAUCGACGAAACUAGGACAACUCGACCUGUCAUGUCCUUCCAACCCGAAGGAGACCAUUCAUCUUCCACUCUUGAAAACAUGCAACUACUACAUGGUGUAUUGCCGAGAGAAGUGGUUUGUACCGAAAACCUAACCCCCUUUCUGAAGCUACUUCCGUGCAAGGGGAAGGCCGGAAUCUCUAGUCUACUGGAUGGGCAUAAACUCUUCGACGCAUCCUGGCAAAGCAUGGCAAUCGAUAUCCGACCUAUAUGCCCAGAUGGGGAAGAAUGUGUACUGCAGAUCGAGCAGACUAUCGACAUGGUCUUAGACAUCGAAAGAUCUAAGCGGCCUAGGGGCAACCCUAUUCCCAGGCCACCGCCAGGCCACGAUCUCAAGUGCAAUUCCUCGAAGCCAUACCAUUCUGGUGACACGUGCUUCCCGACUGAUUAUGCAGAGGGUCAAGAAUGGGCAGUUGACCAAGUCUUUGGCAAGCCAAUUAAGGGGGCCUGUCCAUUAACCGACCCGACUAUCCCCCCUGUUUGCAUCCAAGCUCCUCUCAGCAGAGAUGUUUAUAUUACUGAGGGUGCAACUGAGAUUAAGAAUCCACAGGGACCUUCUCGAUGUUACCAAAUUCCAUCAGAUGCUGAUUUCUCCAUGAUUCUUCCACACGUACAGAAAGAAAUCGAGCACAGGGUUAAGGAGAUUGUUGAGCCGGAAACUCCCCUUUUAUAUGCGGAGCGUAGCUUUACAGGGCAUGGAUAUGAACGUGGCGGAGUCAGGACUAUCCUUACCAACCCAAGUCCUGAUACAGAAGUUGAAUUUUUCUAUAUGGAGACUUUACCAUGGUUCAUGCGGAUAUACCUUCAUACCCUAAAGACUCAGAUUGACGGAGUCGCAAGUGGUAAGAAGGAUAUCAUUGAAGAGAUUUAUUACCGUCCAGCUCUUGACCGUGUCCGGGGAACCCAACUUGAACUGAGGAUGCGCAUUCCACCCGCUAGUACAGUGUUUCUUACUUACGAUUUCGAAAAGUCUAUUUUGAGGUAUACCGAGUAUCCUCCAGACGCAAACCGCGGCUUCGAUGUGGCCGCAGCUAUUAUAACCAUACUACCUUCCGAGUCUCACAACGCCUCACAGGCCAGGCAAAAGAUGUCGAAUCUUCGAACGACGACGCUGCUGCUCAGUCUGCCGACGCCGGACUUUAGCAUGCCGUAUAAUGUAAUCAUCUUCACGAGCACGGCUAUCGCCUUGGCUUUUGGGGGCAUGUACAAUAUUUUGAUACGAAGAUUCGUCGGCGCAGACGAGAGCGCCGAUGCCAGUGUAAGCGGUUUAAAGGGUAGGAUUAUGGCUGCUGUUGCUAAGUUAGCACAAAAGUUUAAGGAGGCCAAGGGGAAGAAGGUAGAUUAG